UCUCUUCCUGCUUUAGGGAGGAAUUUACGUGUUCCAACUCAUUGACUUCUACGGCUCUACCAGAGUCUGUCACUAUUUUAUGGUUAUUUGUGAAUGCGUGGCUGUGGGCUGGAUUUUUGGUGCUGACCGCUUAAAUAACAUCAUUGAGGACAUGACAGGACAAAGACCGUCUGUUUUCUUUAAACUGUGCUGGAAAUACUUCAUUCCUCUGCUGUCACUGAUUUCCUUUAUCCUGUACCUGGUUGAUUACAAACACCUCAGGAUUAAUGACUGGUACAUUUACCCUGACAGGGCGUACGCACUAGGAUGGAUCAUGACACUCUCCUCUGUUCUCAUGGUGCCACUGUGGGCAGCUGGACAGAUGUGUUCAACAGCAGGAACCAUCAGACAGCGUUUGUCUGUCCUUUGUCAUCCUGUUGAAGAUCCAGCCUGGCAGAGGAGAGAAAUGGGAGAGGAGGGAACAACUGUUGAACUGAGGACAUCUGUAGUGACAACUUAGUGUGUCCUGCAAAGUCACAUUAACUAGACAUUUUAGCUAUCAUGCGGCAUAUAAGCUUAUUGUAAUCAAUGUAGCUAAGUAUGAUGUAUGAUACAUAAUUGCAAUAAUAAAAAAUGUGACUAAAUCAAGGAAACUAAGCAUUGCCUGUAUGGUAGGGCU